GGCUUGGUGACGUGUGCGGGCUUGAAUACCAUGGCCGACGGGAGCAGACGGGCCAAGCUGGCGGCUGCCAAGAAGAAGUUGAAGGAAUACCAACAGAAGAAGGUGGCUCCACCUGCCUCUUCAGGAACCAAAAAGAAGACAGCAGAUGACCGAUCUGAAACCGCGCCAACUCCAAUAGGGAAUAAUGAUGAAAUUUGUGAGAUGCCUCUGCAGAACAUUCUGAAGGUGUUGGUGGCAGACCGCAGUAAAUCCAAUGGGGUAAAACUGCCUUCAUUGGACAGGCUGAAGGCUUCCCUAGAAAAUGAUGUUGACAAUCUUGGUAGAGGACAGAGGCUUGAUGAUGCCACGUCUGCUCAUUUCAACAUCUCCAACAGCAGCUUGCCAAAUACUGUGUCUGUAACACAGCACAUUGAUCUGACAGUACAGAAUGAAGCUUCCUCCCAGAUAAUCCUGCCCACAGAGGAAAAUCAACCCGAAGAAAACAGGGGUGUGUCCUCCACAGAAAGUCUUCGACAAUUGUCCACUCAGUUAAAUGGCCUGGUUACUCAGACCACUUACAUGAAUGGUGAAAGUGCAGCCUGUACCAUAAGUCCAAGUGAACUGGAGGCACGAAACCAAGAGUUGACUGUAGCACUUGACUCCAGCAAUUUGACAAAUAGAGAACAGAGUGCAAAGAUAGAAGAAUUGGACAAACACAUUCAAGAGCUUAAAAAUCAGCUGGAGAAGGAAAAGCAAGCUUUUGACCAGAAGUCCAACCAAAAGUGUGAGUCCAUGAAAGAGCAGCUUAAACUUCACGUAGACACCAUUGAGAUUUUGGUUUCUGAGAAAUCGGAGCUGCAGUCGGCGCUGGCUCAUGCGAAACAAAUAUUGCGGAGUAAAACAGAUGAAACAGGAGAACUCCAUAGCAAGCUGAGUGCUUCCACUCAGAGAGUGGCAGAACUGGAACAAACUCUAUCCAGCAUUUCAUUCCAACAGAAGCAAUCUGAUAAAAAUUACAAAGAACUUGAAAAGGAGAGAGAGAAUCUCAAACAAGAGGUGGAGAAACUAAAUAAGAUGAGUGACGAGAUGAGGCAACAGAACUCUGAGCUUGCAGAACAGUUGAGCUCCAAGGUAUCAGAAAAUGACUUGGUGAGGAGGAACAUUCAAGAACUUCAGAAGAGACUGGAAAUGGCAGAAUUGACAAUUCAGCAGUUCUCAAAUCAGUCGGAGCUUCCAGAUGCUAAUCAGCAGCUGCAACUGGUUCUUGAAGAAAAAGCUCAUUUAAUGGCACAGAUGAAUGAACUAUCAAAAGCACAGCAGCUGCUACUUGUUGAGCGAGAUCAGUAUGCCCACAAGCUGAUGGAGGAAGGCAAUGUUUGGCAGCAGAAAGUUCAGCAGCUGGCAGAACAAGUAAAUGCACUUUCAGAGGAGAGGGAGCAGAAUCUCAGUCGUGUUCAGGAACUAGAGGCCUCGUUGACUGAUCUUCAGAACAGAUCAGCACAACAGAGUGAGGUCAGUGAAACCCGCACCAUUCCCGAGCCAGAAGGCCCCACUGAGCAAGAGCGGUUACUAAAGGAGAGCAUUCAAUCCCUGCAACAGGAGAAGGAGGAAUUGUAUUCUCAGUACCAGGCACAGGUUCACGACAAUGAGCAGCUGAGUCAUUUGAACCUGGAAUUGGAAGAGAGACUGCAGGAACUGGAGAGGACAGUGGAACGUUACAAUGACAAUUCUGUAGAUCGAAAGCAACUCCUGGAAAACAUGCAGAGUGACAAGGCUACAAUAAGCAGGGCUCUGACUCAGAACCGUGAGCUCAAGGAACAGCUGGCAGAGCUUCAAAAUGCAUUUGUUAAACUUACCAACGAGAACAUGGAACUCACCAAUGCAUUGCAGUCGGAACAGUAUGUAAAGAAGGAGUUGGCUAAGAAAGUAGGACGAAUGCAUGAGGACGUGGCGGAUUUGAAAGAAAAGCUUGAGAUAAAGUCGCAGGAAGCUCAGACCCUGCAGGGAGAGAGGAAUGAGGUCUGUACUCACCUGCAGCAGUACAUCGCGGGUUACCAGCAGCUGGUGGCUGAGCGAGAGGAGUUUCACAAACAGCUACAACAGGCGCAAUUCGUGAACAGGUUGCAGCACGAAGAGGCACAGGACGGAGUGCGAAAUGAGUUGGAACCACAGGAUCACCUGGUGACGAAGGAGCAGCUGGAGCGGUUGAAUGAUGAAAACAAAGGUUUGAAGUCUAUGAUCAGCAGACUGUCCGCGGAUCUGAGCAAGAUCAGUUGGCAGCUUGGAGAAGAAGAUGAGUUGGAAGGUCAGCUCGCUCCCAUACAUGGAAAUCAGAAGACCCAUCAUGUUACAACACCAACAGAUCUGGAAAGUCCAGAGGAACUGAAUUUAACACCAAAUCAAGAUCAACUAAUACCGGAAGCAUAUCCGCAACAUGAGAUGCUGCUAUCUGAAAUGUCAGCUCUGCAGGACAAACAAGAAGAAUUGGGAGGCGAUGCAGACACAGUACCAACAAAUCUGUACGAAGCUUUAAAAUCUACAAUGAACAAACUGCAGGUUCAACUAGCAAACCUCUUAGAGGAGAAGGUUGAUCUUAAGAAGAAAUUGGAGCAACUAGAGCAUUACUGUACACAGCUAUCUGGGGAGACAGAUACAAUAGGUGAAUACAUUGCACUUUAUCAAAAGCAGAGAGCGAUCCUCAAACACAGGCACAUGGCGAAAGAGGAGUAUAUCUGCAAGCUGGCUCAGGAUAAGGAGAAGUUAAGGAAAAAGUUAGGAGAAUUGCAGGAGCUUUCGUUGGAAUUGGCAGCUGAGAGAAAGAAGUGGUAUGAUAGAUAUGUUCGUUUCAUCAAACAGUCGAAGAUCCCAUUAACACCUGAAAUGCGACAAGAUGUACUGGAAGAAGAUCUGGUGUCGAGCAUUGAAGAUCUUGAAGAUAUCCCUUUGGCGGAUGACGCUGAGUCUGCAAGCUCUUCACCCGAUUCUCGCGCUCCCGGCAGAGGAUUUGUUGCGAAAGCAGGCUUACCCUCUGAGGACUACACUACAAAAAAGAUCAUAGAACUUACUGAAGAAAUCCAAAACCCACAGGCUCUACCAAGCUCGACCCUGACCUUUAUCAACUGUGUCCCACUCUUCUACAGACUGGCUGAAAAUAGGGUAAUGAAGAUUGAGGUUGUCUAGAGAUCUAAUCCAGUCAAGCACAGGGAAUGCGAUAUUUCUUUGGGGGAUGGGAGAGUGUUGUAAAAAGUUACUUAGUUACGGCUUUCAGCGGUUAAGUGAGUCAAUGUGCAACAUUGGUACACCACAAGGGACUCUUGAGACUAGAGAAGCCAUGGUUGUACCAAGUACCAGUGUUAAUCUAGCAUGACCUCUAAUGAUGCCUCAUCAAAACAAUUACCAUAAUUCUAAAUAGUUCCUUUAACUGCUGCUUUGAAACAGUUUACAAACAUAAUCAUUUAUAUUAUGGAUUUUUAAAAUCCUACUCUGAUAAAUUCAUCUCCUUUUCCCUUCCCAAAGAUAUGGGUUAUUAUUUUCAAAUGACAAUGAUCGGAUUGUCCCAAUCAGUAACCAUUUGACUUGACUGCUUUUGUAGAUUACUCACUUGCUUUAAAGCUGUAUGGCAACUUAGUACAUUUCUGCUCCAAAAUGAAUUGUGAAAAUAAUUUAUACUUGUAGAAACUCUUCCCACAUUUUAUAUAUCAUGUGUUAAAAAAACAAAAAUGUUUAUUUCAGCUGUUUUUAAAAAAGGGUUUGAGUUUUGAAAUGCAAUUACAGAACUCUGUGAAAGUAGCCUAGCGUUGAAAGGCAGAGCCGUGCAUAUAAUGUUCAACCAUGUCAACUGAAGGAACUGGCUUGGCCCCGAGGUCCUGUUGACUUUUGUUGUCGCUCUCCUGGGCUCUUAUGUGAAGAAUAAGACAAUCGGGAAAGGUUGUGAGGGCUGUCAGUACCUGUUGAAACAUUACCCCAGCAAGAGUUGAUCCCUUCAAGGAAGCUGUCCUGCCAUUUCCCCUCACUCUUUUCAGGCGGUGCAGACUCGUAAUUGUGCCAGAAACUGCAAUGUGAUGCAAAUGGUGUCUUAGAUUGCGAGAGGUUUUAUAGUCCAAAACUGUAGAAUUACACAGUAAUUUGAUAAUUACAGCACAGAGGGGCCAUUCAGUACGGUCAGUUUAAGUAGUCGCUCCUUUUCGGUCUGUAGCCCUUUUAAGUUAUAGCACCUUGAGUGCAUACUUGUGUUUCUUAAAAUGCAGUGAUGAGUUGUGUUUGUACCACUCUUCAAGCAAUAAUUUCUGGAUGCCUGCAGUCUACACAUGAAAGAAUUUCUCCUUGACUUCCCUCUAAUCCUGCCACCAACUCAUUUAAAACUUUAAUUCCACGGUACCUGCCUAUCGUUCUUUUUAAAGCAUUGGGAAAAGACAAACUGUCCCUGUUUAGGCAUCUCUGUUUUAGACACUUCGAUAAAAUCUUUCUUCGUUUGUUCAAAAGAAAGGAAACCCGACCUAUCCAAUGUUUUCUCACACCAAAAAAAAUCUAUAAGCGAUGUUGAGAAUCUCCUCUGUACCUUUUUUUUUUGUAAUUUUGAACACACCUGGUAACUUUGUUUCAUAAGGUGAAGUCCUUCAACCAAUGAAUCUUUUAUUAUUAAAUCCAUUCUCUAAUCCUUGAUGCACCCUCUUUUUCAGAGCUUCAGAUUAUUCCCAAAAUAUGCCGCCCAGAUUCGGACGUAAUACUCUCAUUUGAGGUUAAGCUACUUUGACUUCUACUGCUCUCCUUUGUUAAUUUAAACAUCUCAAAGUGCCUAAUACAUUUUUCUCUGGUUAUUGUUUCAAAAACCAUACCCAUCAGUGAAACAUAUCCCGUCAUUCCUAGCUGUGUCCUCGUACCCUUCCUUGAUCAAGUGUGUUAACAUUAGCCACUCAACAAUCUGCUGUCACUACCCGUAUCGGAAUUUGGAAAAUCAGGCUACUUGAUUAUCUCCAGCCCCAUUCAUAAAUAUGUGCCAGUUUCUCUGGACGUGGGAAGAUUGUGAAGGUAUGCCUUUGCCUAUAAAUGGGCAGAAUGUGAAGAGGGACCAUGGUUACCUUUUUGUCGUCAGAUUAAAGUGUGCUGUGGUUACCUGUACAUGGGGGGGAAAGUAAUGUGAAGGUGUCAAAUUUACCUGGACAAGUUGCAAAGGUGUUGAGUUUACCUGCGUAUGGUCAGAUUGUGAGGAUGUGCCAUAGUUACCUGGUGCAUGGUCAGGUUGUGAAGAAAUGCUAUAGUUACCUGGUGCAUGGUCAGGUUGUGAGGAUGUGCCAUAGUUACCUGGUGCAUGGUCAGGUUGUGAAGAUGUGCCGUGGUUACCUGGUGCAUGGUCAUGUUGUGAAGAUGUGCCGUGGUUACCUGGUGCAUGGUCAGGUUGUGAAGAUGUGCCGUGGUUACCUGGUGCAUGGUCAGGUUGUGAAGAUGUGCCGUGGUUACCUUUGCUUGUAACUGGACAGAUUGUGAAGCUAUUGAGCUUACCUGUAUAUGGUCAGAAUGUGAAGGCGUGCUACGCCUGCAUGUGGACAGAUUGUAAAGGUGUCAUGUUUACCUGUACAUGGUCAAAGUGAAAAUGUUAUGUUUACUUGUACGUGGUCAGAAUGUGAAGUUAUGGUUCCCUGAAUGUAGACUGAUUGAGAGGGUGUGAAGUUGACCUGUACAUUAUCAGAAUGUAAAAGUGUGCCUGUUGACCUACCUACAUACAGGUAAACCUCCUAGUCUUCCCGUCUGCAAGAAAACAUGGUGCAUCUGUUAAUUGUACAUGAAUUGUGUAUCAUUGUAUAUAAGUGGUGCCACUAACUGGAUGUUCAUGUACCCUGUGGAUGUGGACUGUAACUGGCUUGUGAAUUAGGUGGUGUAUAUGUAUAAUAUAUAAUGAUGUAAAUAAAUUAUUUUAAAAGUAAA